CCCUGAACAUUCGCUCCACAGCUUGUGUCUCCCUGUUUGAAAGCGGCUCAGUAAUCCUGGAUCAGAGAGCACAAAGGGCCCCAGAGUGCUGGUGAUGUAAGCACUGUGUCCAGUGCCUACCCCACUGCUCUCUCCUCUCCCAAAUGCUGUUUUGGGUGGUGAGGUGGGACAGGGAGGACCAUCCGUAUCGUGUCUGAGCCUGAAGACUACAGACUGACGUACAAGCAGUGACACUGGCAAGGUAAUGGCAGCCUGUGCUGUGUCUCAGGGGCCUGCUGCUGCUGCUGCUGCUGCUGAUGACCUGGAUCACAGUGGGAAGGGAAAAAAUGUUGACCAGCUUGCUGUAGAGGAAUGUGGCUAAGCUGUGGUGAGUGUUGGGUCGGCUCAGUGUGAUCAGGCAAAUAGACUGAAGGACCUUUGCUACCUGUUACCACAUUUACUGUGCUUUAUUCGUGGAAGGCCACCUUGUUUCAGUCUGUCAGGUCAGGCAUCUGUGGACUUGAUGCAGGACUCCAGUCAAACGAUGUGGGGUCUGAACGCCCGCUUGAAGGGCUUCCUGGAGCAGGUGAACAGGCUGCAGGAGGCCAACCGGCAGCUGGAGGCUCAGAUAGCCGACUGGGGCAUCAGGAAUGCCUCACGUUCCCAGGACUGGUCCCAGCAGGAGCAGACUGUGAAGGAGCUCCGUGCCCAGGUUGGUAAACUGCUGAUGGAGAACGCCCAGCUGGCAUUACAGUCUGACAGCAUGAAGUCCAAAGCUGCUGCUGUCCAGGCCAGGUGUGAAACAGAGGAGCGCAACACCCGGCAUCUGGAGCAACAGGUGGCUCUGCUCAGGGAGUCAAAGACGAAGGCAGAUCAGAGCAGUAUGACGCUGCAGGCAGACUUUCACCGUUCCAUGACAGAGCUGCAGAAGAUGCACCAGGAGUAUGAGGCAGCCCAGGCUCUGCAGCUGCAGCGGGCCGGCUCCUGUGAUGCCCUGUUAGCAACAACCACAGCAUCAGCAGCAGCAGGAGGGGUGGAGGAGGAUGGCACAGGGAUGGAGCUCACCCAGCUCCUCGACCGAAUCAGAGCGCAGUGCGACCAUAACAGACUUCCCGGCCCUGGUGAGAGACACCAUGGCCUGGGCGCAGUUUCAAAUCCACCUCCCGGCUUGGUCGGGCCUAGCCGCUCUGGAGCCGGAGCAGCAGCAGCAGCAUCAUCCAGAACACACAGAGGAGCUCUCAGUGAGGAGGAGGCAGCGUGGGCUCAGGUGAGCCUCGGCGGCGCUGCCCUGAGGGAGGCGCGGGCCGAGCUAGCUGAGGCCAGGAAGCAGUGGCACUCCCUGCAGGUGGAGAUUGAGACUCUGCAUGCCUUGGAGAAAGGCCUGGAGAGCUCCUUGCAGCACACCCAGCGAAUGUACUCCAGCCAGCUGCAGGACCUUUCCCAGGUGAUCGUCGGGCUGGAGAGUGAACUGGAGCAGGUGAGGGAUGGUCUGGCCACCCAGCGUCAGCGCCACAGCCAGCUCCUCAACACCAAGAUGAGACUGGAGCGAGAGAUCGCCACGUACCGACGUCUGCUGGAGCGGGAGGAGGGCAGGUACAUGGGUCGUGAAGGGCAGCCGAUGAGUCUGCGACCCUGGAGGUCUUCUGUGGUGGAGCUGAAGGAGAACGGGCUGGAGAACGGUUUCAGUGACCCUGCUGUUAGUCCGGAUGAACCCAAGUCUGAGCCUCUGCCUGAAAUACCGUCACUCCUCCCAGCAGAGAAUGGGAUAAAGAAAAGCAUACUGCAUAGACAGCAAAGCCUUGUGAUACUCACAGAGCCAGAACAAGAUAAAGACUUGCCAAUCUCCACCGUGAAGACUCAGGAGAUUCUUCAGGGCAAUGUUGUGCGGGAGAGUGCAGAGGGUCACGGCACCAUCGAGACGGAGAAGAUUGACAAGGUGAUAAAGCAGUGGGAGGGCUCUUUCUUCAGAGGGAAUCCCAAGCUGCGGAAGAAGUCGGUGUCGCUGCGCUUCGACCUGCACAUGGCUGCGGCAGACGAGGGGUGCGCCCAGACUAAACAGGACAGCCUCCCUGACGUGGAGGUGCGUCUCAUCAUGAAGAGAUCCCGCAGCAUCCCAACUAUCACACAGUAACUCUGUCACCAGUUGAUCAGAGUCACCACUGGUUUGCAGCUGUUUGUGGUAAUACAGGUGACGCUGAAGUUACAGAAAUAGCAUCUGUGUCGUUCACAUCUGGGAUAUUACCAUCCAUUGCCAUCAUGCUUAGUAUGAAUUUCAAAUUACAACCUUCACUGAACUUUGGAUCACCACUGAUGACUGAAACAAAGAUUCCUCUCAACAGAUCUUGAGCUUGGCAGGAUAGGCAUUACCCAUCAGGCUUUUAUUUUUAUGCUGAUCUAAUGGGGCCAUUUUUAUAGCAUCAGAAAGCCACUUCCGAUAUAUCAGACCUACAUUUAUUACAUUACAGAUAAUAACAAUUUAAUAUGCAAACAUAUUUCUCCAUCAUCAUUCUAGAUGAGGAAAAAGUGUCUCUCAACACUGGUAUUAUUUCAGUGUGAGGUCACUGAACAAAAGAGAUUAUAUCGACCAUAUGACUCUGCCUAACUACAGCAUUUCAUUUUAAUUAACUCUCUACAGGAGGCUGCGUGCACAGAUAGAUGGAGAUAAAUGGAGGUGUAGAGUUACAGAUCACUAUGAGCUGCUGUGAACUAUCUGGGGUGGAUUUUUUUAAAAUAGAUUUUCAGUAAGGGACUGUGCAGAAAUUAUUAGGGGGAGGAGGUCACAGAAAAUGAAGAGGCUCAGUGGGAGGGGUCUUAAGUAAUUAAAUGUUAUCUUUCUGGGGUGCACAUGAUUUGUCACCCAAUAUUACAGCUCACACAGCCACUUUAUUUUGUAUUUUAACAAAAAGGCAGAACUACAGUAAAAUAACUAAAUGUAAAUGUGCCAUAUGAAGUGACAACAACAGCUCUUUGUUCACAAAUAAAGAAGGGUCAGAUUAUCUGGUAAAACAGUUGGUAAAAUACCGAAAAUUUGGUAAAGAAUUUUCUUAUGUUUGCUAUAAUUUUAUCUAAUUCCACUCCACUACUGAGAAGUUUGAAGGUUAUAUUCCAUUGUAGAGUAACUUUACACUAAAUUCACUUUUUUGUUUAAGUAAAUUACAUGUACGUCACUUUAUUACACCAUUGAUCCUGGUCCCAUUUUAUAAUGUUCAUUACAACAGAAGUUAUUUUCCUAUGACCUAACCAGGGACCCACUGCCCCAAAACUACCAGGCAAUGUUCAACGUUCACCUCCCACCCCCAGCACCCUGACAUAUACACACUUCAGUCAGCUGUCAGCAGUGUGAACAGUGUGGAGUAUGGAGCUGAGAUUAGCAGUAAUAGGAAUAUCACAGUAGUAGAAAUACAUCUUCUGCUACUAAGCUAGCAGUUGGAACUGGAGUACACAAUUUUAAAUUAUUAGUGCACUCUUUGUUAUUAAUGGAAGUGUUCAGCCGUGUUACAUUACGAUGACAUAUUGUGGAGAGGGUGUUCAUUUUUUUCUUUUUAUCAAGGGUCCAAUGAAAAUAUUAAUUGAGAGUGAAACAUAGUCUCGAGCCCCCCUCCUCACCUAAAUAAUUUUCCUACGAUCCCUAAAUGCUUGCACUGCAGACACUUACAGCACUUAGAAGAACAUCAGCACUGGGGGAUAUCCAGAAUGUGUAUACUUUGAGGGUCUUUGUCAUUGCCUUUCAUUCUCUCUCAUGUGGAGAAAAAAAUAUCUUGCAACUCAAACUAAUAAUGUAGCUACAUUUUAUGACGCAUUAUCCCUAAAUAACUCACUGUGAUCUUAACAGCAGUGAGUCAACGUGUGUCUCAGAGAAUUUAGAUUCCCUGUCUUAACCAGAGGAGGGCAGUAUUUGUAAAUAGUUAACACUGCAGUGUAUCUUCAAUGCUCGACUCGGGUUGUGUAACACAUGCUAUCUGUUACACCUUAGAAUAAGAGUUUUUACGCUUAAGUUUUGAGUUGGCACCAAAGACAUGAAAAAUAAGAAAUGGACCAUGGUGCAUUGCAUUUGGGUGCCUCAGAAUAUGUUGAGAAUAUUUAAAAAAUAUUAUCUAUGCAGUUCUAUGCUUGAUUUUGCUUUGCUUCGUGAAGCACACUCUUCAUUUUGGGAGCUCUGAAACUUCAAAAUGAAGCAUUAUGCUUUUAUCUUACAAUGUAUCAUUUAAAAUAAAAAAGAAAUAUGUGCACACUGUCUGUCGAAUGUUCCAUCAUAAUGUCCAUGUGAC